AUGGGUGAUGUUGAUAGUUUUCACAACAAAGCAAGAGAAAAGUGUGAGUUUUUAAUGAGGGAAAAACAAGCUAUUAAUGUAGUCUUGAGGAGGCAAACAGAAGUAGAGAACCAUAAAUAUAAAGCUCAAUUACAUGUUUCUAUUAUUGUUGUUAGACUUUUAUUGAAAAUCGGUUUACCGUUUGGUGGUCAUGACGAGUCGGUUAACUCGGAAAAUAGAGGGCUUUACAUUGAAGUGUUAAAAGCCAUUCGAGAGACUAGUGAAUAUAUUUUCAACAAUACUUUAGAAAGUGCUCCUAAAAACAAUCAACUAAUUUCCCCUAAAAUUCAAAAAGAACAUGUGCAAUUUUUUGCACAAGAAGUACUUUUGAGUACUCGUGAAGAUAUUGGUCAAGAUGUUUUUGCUUUACUAGUUGAUGAAUCUAGUGAUGUUUCAAAAAAGGAACAAAUGGCUAUUGUUUUGGGUUAUGUCGAUAGUCUUGGCUUUGUGAAAGAAAUAUUCAUAGGACUAGUACAUGUGAAGGAUACAUCCUCUUUGACACUAAAAAAUGCCAUAAAUGAAGUACUUACAAGUAAUAAGUUGAGUUUUAGUAAGAUAAGAGGACAAGGUUACGAUGGGGCUAGCAAUAUGCGAGGGGAAUGCAAUGGUUUGAAAGUUUUGAUAUUACAAGAGAAUGACACGACUUGUUAUGUACAUUGCUUUGCACACCAACUUCAAUUAGUAGUUGUGGCUGUAGCAAAGAAGCAUGGCAAGAGAAAGGGUGCAAAAAGGCUUGUGUAG